CUGUGUCCCAAAGAGCACGGCGCGUGAGGGAGCAGCAAGAUGGCCUCCACGGACGUGAAAGACUUUAUCCGUCAAAACCGCGCCGUGGCCAACCAAGUGGAGACGUUCCGGGGGCACUGGGAGAGCGACAAGCAUUGGAUGCCGAGGAGGGAAUUCAUACUGCGUAAUAUGAGCGAGUUCAAGGGCGAGCUGCAAAUGGACCAGCUGCUUUCCCUGUCGAUGGUGUGGGCCAACAACGUAUUCCUCGGUUGCCGGUAUAGCACAGAGCUCCUGGACAGAGUGAAGGAGAUGGCCGAGGGCAUCGAGGUGGAAGACGCGCCCGUCUUCAAGACAAGAGAUGAGAUCAUAAAGCAGCAGCAGGGCAGAUGAUGGCUCCUUCUUCCUCUUGGAACGAACUUUAAGGGCGUGCUUGUGUGACCAUGCUGAUGGGGACUCCUCGAUACAUGCAUUGUGCGACAUCCACAAUGUCGGUGUUUAACAUUUUAUCACGUUUUUUUACAUUUUCAUUUUUUGUGAGUUUUAAAUAAAUGACGAAAGAUUGUCUCAGGA